AUGCCUGUCUUUACAGAAUAUUCCUCUUCUGCUCGAGACCUUAGGAUCUUGCCCUCUUUUGCUCCGCCACUACCCAGGCUUUCUCCUCCUUUUUCUUCCAAGGAAAAUGAUGGAGAAAAAUAUGAAGUGAUUAUCGUUGGAGCAGGACCGGCAGGUUUAAUGCUCGACCUACUUCUCGCCCGUUACGGCCUCAGCGACGAGUCUCUUCUCUGUGUCGAUGCAAAGCCGAGUACAUUGAAAUCGGGUCAAGCAGAUGGCAUCCAACCCAGGACGCUCGAAGUCUUCAAAACGUUAGGUAUCUCCGAUGAGAUCGAAAACGAGGCUUGUCAUAUGUGGCAGUUCGCAUUUUGGAAUCCAUCUUCCGACAAGAAAAAGGUCAUUGAGCGCACGGCUGUUAUGCCAGAGGUAAUUCCUCCUGCGCGAUUUGGCUAUGAAGCCACCAUUCACCAGGGGCGAAUCGAAAGAAUCAUGGAAACGGAUCUCCUGCGAUAUUCGAAGAGAGGUAUUCUCCGGGACACGCGGUUGGUCGAUGUGAAGAUUGACGAGAAUGGCGAUUCCGACUUCCCAGUUGUGGUGACCAUGAAUGCGAAUGGCACUGAGAGAAUUGUGCGGACUAAAUAUCUAGUGGGUGCAGAUGGUGCUCACUCGGUUGUUCGUCAAUCAUUGGGAUUGAAGCUGGAAGGAGAGUCUCUUGACCAUAUAUGGGGUGUUGUCGAUCUCGUUGCUGACACCAAUUUCCCCGACAUUCGUCGUCGCUGUGGUAUUCAUUCUCCUGCAGGCUCUGUGAUGGUCAUUCCGCGCGAGAGGAUUGCUACGGGUGAAUAUCUUACUCGGCUAUAUGUCCAUGUCCCUGAUAUAGUGUCUCCAGAGGAUGAUCAGCUUCCAGCCGGGGCAACUGGCUCCAAGUCAGAGGAUGCACGGCAGCGAAGAAGCAAAAUCACUUUGGAGGGUGUUUUGAAGCAAGCUGCGGAUGCCAUGCAGCCUUACUAUAUCCGGCCCAAGGAUGGGGUCAUUGAUUGGUGGGCUGCUUAUCAGAUCGGCCAGCGAGUCUUGCCUGAGUUUAUUGUCAAAGAUUCGAAAAAGGCCGCACGUGUGUUUAUUGUUGGUGACGCUUGUCACACCCACAGCCCUAAGGCUGGUCAAGGAAUGAACGUCUCUAUGAUGGAUUCAUACAAUCUAGCCUGGAAACUCAUCUAUCAAAUCAACGGACUUGCACCACCAUCAACCCCCGAUAACCCAACACCAUUGCUAAACACAUACCAAACAGAACGACAUGAAACAGCCCAACAACUCAUUGACUUUGACCGAAAGUUCUCUACAAUGUUCUCCGGGCAGAUGGGCGCAACAGAAGGUCUCACGCAGGAAGAGUUUCAGCAGGCCUUCAAAUUAAACAACGGCUUCACCAGUGGCUGUGGCGUAGAGUAUCCAGAGAACAUACUCGUCGUUCGGGAUAUUAAUCUCUCGCCAAGUCCCGUCCAGGGCACGGACUACCUUUCGGGAAUCCUUCGGCCAGGACGACGCCUACUUAACGUCAAACUGCUACGGCAUGCGGAUGGGGACCAGCGGGAUCUGCACGAUGACACGCCCUCUACUGGACGCUUCCGAGUUCUCUUGCUUGCUUCGCAAGACCUACUUGAUCGGGAUAGCGUCUCGGCAAAAGUUCUCGAAAGGACGGCUAUGCUAGUCACCAAAUUCCCCGCAUCCACCAUCGAACAAAUUGUGCUACAUCCUCGACUCCAUCGAUCCUUUGAGUGGGGUGAUAUUCCCGCUUGUGUAAAGCAGACUUCGGAAAUGCGCUUCUAUGAUGGGUCGGCGUUGGUUGACGCGUAUAGCAUCUAUGGCGUCGACCCCGCGCAUGGCGCACUAGCCGUGAUCAGACCGGAUGGGUAUGUGGGGGUCGUUGCGCAACUCGACGAUGUGAAGCAGGUGGAGGAAUAUCUCCAGGCGUGUAUUAGAACAGUUUCCUAG